UGUUACAAAACAGUUACUUUCAUUGAAGUGUAUCUUUGGGGAAACUGUGUGUUUUAACAAAUUAUCACAAUUUAACCGCUCCAUUAAUAAACACAGGGUUCCCCAGUUGAGUGUCCGAUGAGUCUCGCGCGUUUUUAAGUCAGUAAUUUGAUGUACAGGUGAAAAUUAAGGGCACGCCAAGCGGUUGGUUCGUUUCCCGGGUUAAGUGUUUCAAAAAUGCCACCCAAAAAGCGGGAUAAAGAGGUUGACUCAUCGAAAAAUCCAAGGAUCGAUCAUUUACAGGCCGAUCAUGAACUCUUCCUACAGGCAUUUGAAAAACCCACCCAAAUAUACCGAUACCUUCGGACCCGAAAUAUGUGCUCUCCCAUAUUUCUUAAUCGAACACUCUGGUACAUGAGACAUCGAAUGUCUAGAAGCCACAAAAGUCGUGAAACCUUCAAAAUAAACUCAUUGCUGGACAAAGUGGUUUCAAAGAGGGACUCCCUGACUAUUCAACCAGGCUACAUCAACCUAACAUUCCUGGGCUUUAACCAUAAGAGCCUGGACCACAAUGCCGAUAUUGCCCAGGUAGAGACUGAUUUACUAAAGAUUACACAUAAGAAACGAAAAGACAGCUCAGCCCCGAGCAUGAGAGUGACCUUAGGGACUGCUGAUGUUCCUAUUAAUCCUAACCCCAAUGAACUGCCAUUAACUGCUCCUACUAUAAGCAUUCCUACUGAAUCAUUCAAUGGCCCCACUUGUCCUUUAGUCAAGAGCUUCACGUUGAUUUUCAAAGUCAAAGUAAGUACUGAUAAAGAGGAGGACGACGAACCAGCAUUAAAACGUAGAAAAUCCAAUGGCCUAAGUGACAAUAAUAAUGUAAGAUUGUACGGGUCGGAGUUAACCGUGUAUGACAAACACAACAGAUGUUACUUAAGCGAUGGCGACUACGAUUUGGUUGUCCAGGAUUUGUCGACGAACACGAAAAACUCUCCCAAAAAAUACUCGAGUUGGGAAAACGUCAACGAUCUCAUGGACACUUGUGGGAACUUAGACACAUUCAUGAAAGGUGCUGUACUUAGGUUUAAGUUAAACUGGUCACCAGAGGCCAGUCCUAAAAUAGUCGACUGUCCGAAACCUUAUCCGCUGGCGGAUAACAAAGAAAACAUCCCGUUGGUCAACGGGAAAAACACUGAAAAAUUGCAAAUAGUCUACCAAUUUGUUUACAACAACAACUCGAGGCAACAAACGGAAGCGUGCGAAGACUUGCACUGUCCUUGGUGCAGUUUGAACUGCGACCAGUUGUACACGCUGUUAAAACACUUGAAACUGUGUCAUUCCCGUUUUACGUUCACGUAUGUGCCUAUAGCCGUAGGUGCCAGAGUGGACGUGGCGAUAAACGAGAUGUACGACGGCUCGUACACCGGCUCGCCCCACGAUCUGAUCUCGCAGCCGUCGGUGUGCGGAUUUUCGCGAAACGGCCCGGUCAGACGGGCAUCCGUCACGCACAUCCUCGUGUGCCACCCGAAAAGACCAAAGCCUAGUUUAUCGGAAUUUCUAGAAUUAGACGACUGUGAAUACGACGGUCAGAGACCGUUUAUCACGGGACAUAAUAGACUGUAUCACCACACGACUACAUGCCUUCCCAUUUAUCCCAAGGAGCUGGAUGUGGACUCGGAGGAGGAGAAUGAUCCGGAAUGGCUCAGGAACAAAACGAUGAUGAUGAUUGACGAGUUCACUGACGUCAAUGAGGGCGAAAAAGAAUUGAUGAAGAUGUGGAAUCUGCACGUUAUGAAAUACGGCUUCGUCGGCGACUGCCAAAUACCGCUGGCUUGUCAGAUGUUUGUUCAACACAGAGGUAAAGACUUACUGAUGAAGAACUUGUACAAAAAUUUCGUGAUCCACAUGUGCAGUUUGUUUGACUUUGGUUUGGUAAGCGCCGUGUGCCUGUACACAACUUUACAAAAACUUCAAGAAAUGGUUGGGGAAACUGGCGCCAUCAGGAAUAUUCUGAAGGAAUCCAGGGAAGCCCAAAUGGAUAACUGGGCUAAAUGUGGCAGCCUUCCCACUCCGUUAGAGAAGCCGAAUUUAAUCAAAACUCCGAGUACGGGUAGGAAAGCCGGUGCCGUCGGAAUGCAGAGGAGGAAAGGAACGCCAACGCCCGCCGAACAGCCCCUUAGGAGGAAGUCCGUUUGCGGAGAGUCGUCGCGUAAACGUCUCUCCCUUUCAUUAACCAAACCCGAACCCAAAAAGUCUUGAGGUUUCGUUUACUUUUUUAUACUACGUAUUUUUAAUGGUUCACUGUAUUAUUCAGCUUCACUGCCAGGACGAUUUUGUUUCCUAGUCAAUUUUUAUUGUUUUCUAUGACAUUUUUUUUUUGUGUUUUUUUUGUAUUUACUUGUUUGGUGCUUGAUGUCUGCAUAGGAUGAUCAUGUUUUUAAACCAAAGCAAGCAUGUAUUAGUUUUUCUUAUCUCAUAUACAUUUCAUUAUACAAUACUUGCAAAGGAAAAGUGCAAAUCUUCUACCUCCAAUUUGAUAUUAACCUUGUCAGAAGCUAGAAUUUAGGUAGGACGAAAUUAUAUUAUUUUUGCACUUAGUGUUAAAUUCCGUCAAUAAUAGGAAUUUUUUAAUUUUUUUUACCGAUGUUAUCAAAACACUUUGAAAUUAAUUAGCAUUUUGUAUAUUUUAUAUAUAUAUUUUUAUAUUUAAAUCUCUAAAAUUAGUUGACUUUAAUGCUUACAAAAUCAUCUUGAUUUCUAUGUAAAUUUAACUGCCCUUAGGUAGAAUUUUACUUAUUUAUUGUUACACACAAUCUGUUCUUACUUAUUAAGUUUGUAAAUGGAUAUUUUUUGAUAAAAUGUAUUAAUAUCAAAAUAAAAUGUUAUAAACGAA